AUGAAGACUACAGACUGCAAUGUGAAUUGCAGUCAACAGCCAACACGUGUGGGAUCACAGUUGCAUCACCCUACAUGGAACCUCCAGCAGAGGUCUCAGCCUGGAAAGGACAUUGAUGAGGUUUAUCUCACUCAUGUACCACAGCUUCCAUCAGAGCAUCACUGCCACCAAACCCCUGAAUGUGACAAUGGAACACCUGUGACACAUCACCCGACAGAACAUCUACUACCACGUACUCAGCCAGUGAAGGUAUAUGAUAAGCUUUCUCUUACUUCUAAUCCAAGACUUCACUCCAGACAUGGCUGCAGCAGGAGCUCUGAAUGUGACACUGGAACACCUGCAGCACAUCACCUGACAGAGCAUCUACUGCCGCGUACUCAACCAGUGAAUGUGUAUGGCGAGCUUUCAUUUACACCUACUCCAACAUUGCUUCAAGUCAUUCACACAGGAUUGAAACCAUAUAAAUGUACUGAAUGCAGUAAGUGUUUCACACAGCAAAGCAAUCUUCGAAAGCAUUAUGCCAUUCACACAGGACUGAAACCACAUAAAUGCACCAAAUGUGGUAUGUCUUUCAUAUGGGCCUGUAGCCUGAAAAGGCAUCAAGCCAUUCACACAGGACUGAAACCAUAUAAAUGCACUGAAUGCAGUAAAUGUUUCACACAGCUAAGCCAUCUUCAGGCACAUUGUGUCAUUCACACAGGCAUGAAACCACAUAAAUGUACUGAAUGUGGUAUGUCUUUCACACGUGCCAGUAGCCUGAAAAGGCAUCAGUUCAUUCACGCAGGACUGAAACCAUAUAAAUGUACUGAAUGCAGCAAGUGUUUCACACAGCUAAGUAAUCUUCAGUCACAUUGUGCCAUUCACAAAGUCAAGAAACCACAUAAAUGUACCGAAUGUGGCAAGUCUUUCAUUUGGGCCUGUAGACUGAAAAAGCAUCAAGCCAUUCAUACUGGAGCGAAAUUGACGCUGACAGAGUUUAUAGUCAUUUAGAAGAAAACUCAAUUAUGACAGUAGAGCAAAAGGGCAAUAAAAGAAAGUCAUAUGGAACAAAGGACCAUUUGUUGUUAAAGUUAUAGCGGAGAAUUGUAAGAAGAGGAAGAACCUAAGUAUGGCAUGGAUUGACUACAAAAAAGCAUUUGGUAGUAUCCCACAUUCAUGGAUAAAAGAGUGCUUAAAAAUGUACAAGAUACAC